AUGGCUGAAUCGCCAUCGGGUGGCCGUCACCGGCGUCACUCGCACGAAGCGGGGUCUCCUGUCAACUGCCCUAGCGGGUGUGGGCUCCGACACGAGCCUGGGACGGACCUGAAUCAGGCGUCUUGCGACUGCGAAGAGGGCUACUACGACAGGGAGCAGCGAGUUUUCUAUACUGGCAGCGAUGUUCGCGACAAAAAGUCUCCUGAAACACGUCAAGAAUAUCUGGAGCGCAUCGAGGGAACUCAUGCAGACCCCAAGAAGAACAAUCAGGGCGAUUACUUCCUACCAGGAGAUGGAAUAAGAUACGAGGUUCUAAGAAGUCUGAAGGAUGACAUAUUUGGUGAAAGAGCUCAAAUAUGGGAGCACGAGCUAAGUGGCCAGCGAGGCUGGUUGAUUCGAGCCGACAGACGAAGGAAUUAUAGCUGGCCGACCAUCAUUGGGCGCCUCCAGCAGCAAAGUCAGAGUCAGGACACUCCAGAUCGAGUGAGGCGACCUCCAGAUCCACGGCCAGCCAUCUCAGCAGCUGGUUCGUCUGGGACCAGGCCGACCUCCGGUUACACUGCCCCGCUGACGACUAUAAGGUACGGAACGCCAUCCUAUUCGUCACAGAGCGCAACGGGGUCAUCGUACGCCCAAGUUACCCAGACCUCCGACUUGUCUGGCGUCGGGUCCGGCUUUCCUGGGAGCCCUCAAGUGAACCUGUACGCUCCCAGUAUUACGCCUCAAUCCAGCGCUCCAAGCUCUGAGACUCGAUCAUAUGCCAUCUCCCGUCAGUCAACGGCCCAACCUGGGAAGGACGUCCAUGUACCGAAUUACAUACCCACGAGCCGAAGGCCAAGGGAGGCCCAACCGCUGACCACAGAGGCGAGCGACGGACGUCCCGAGAGGACUAGUCAGUAUAGUCAAUCUUCGAACAUUCGCAGUGGGGUGCCUCGGGCCAUGACAGACUCAGCAGAUGAAUCUACCUCGCGACGCGGGGGGUCAGAGAUAACGUCGACAUUGCCCACACGGCAGAAAGGGACAACUGCGGAUGAAAAACAGAAGAGAAAGAACCGGAAGGGAUGA